GCGUCCCAGGUGGCUCAGGCCCCCAGUGGCGAUCUCUGUUUACCGAGAGAGCCGGUCCAGGUGGGGCUCCAUCUCCGCGCUCACUCCCCUCGGGGGGGGCCCCGCCCGCGCAGCAAGCGGGGAGGACACCUGGCCCAGCUGCUCCUUGUCCUUCCCCUCCCCCCACCGCCCGGAGAGGUCGGACGGCGAUGACUCCCAAGCCGGCCGGACCCCCGGACGGGGGCUGGGGCUGGGUGGUGGCGGCCGCAGCCUUCGCGGUGAAUGGGCUCUCCUACGGGCUGUUACGCUCGCUGGGCCUUGCUCUCCCUGACCUCGCGGAGCACUUUGACCGAAGCACUCAGGACACCGCGUGGGUCAGCGCCCUGGCCCUGGCGGUGCAGCAGGCAGCCAGCCCAGUGGGCAGCGCCCUGAGCACCCGCUGGGGGGCGCGCCCCGUGGUGAUGGUCGGGGGCGUCCUCACCUCGCUGGGCUUCGUCUUCUCGGCGUUCGCCCGCAGUCUGCUGCACCUCUACCUGGGCCUGGGCGUCCUUGCCGGCUCCGGCUGGGCGCUGGUGUUCGCCCCGGCGCUCGGGACCCUGUCCCGUUACUUCUCCCGCCGUCGAGUCCUGGCCGUGGGGCUGGCCCUCACGGGCAACGGGGCCUCCUCGCUGCUGCUGGCGCCCACCCUGCAGCUCCUCCUUGAUUCUUUCGGCUGGCGGGGCGCCCUCCUCCUCCUCGGCGCCAUCACUCUCCACCUCGCCCCCUGUGGCGCCCUCCUGAGACCCCUGGUGCUCCCUGACGACCCCCCGGCCCCACCCCGCGGGCCCUUAGCCGCCCUCGGCCUGGACCUCUUCGCGCGCCGGGCCUUCUUGGUGUUCGCCCUGGGCACAGCCCUAGUCGGGGGCGGCUACUUCGUCCCCUACGUGCACUUGGCCCCUCACGCUUUAGACCUGGGCCUGGGCGGGUAUGGGGCGGCGCUGGUGGUGGCGGUGGCUGCGGUGGGGGAUGCGGGCGCGCGGCUCAUCAGCGGGUGGCUGGCGGACCAGGGCUGGGUGGCUCUCUCGCGGCUGCUGGCGGUGUUCGGGGCCCUGACCGGGCUGGGGCUGCUGGCCGUGGGGCUGGUGCCCUUGGUGGGCAGCCGGGAGGGCUGCGAAGGGGCCCUGCUGGCCGCGGCCGGGGCCUACGGGCUCAGCGCAGGAAGUUACGCGCCCUUGGUGUUCGGGGUGCUCCCGGGGCUGGUGGGCGUCGGAGGUGUGGUCCAGGCCACCGGGCUGGUGAUGAUGCUGAUGAGCCUCGGGGGGCUUCUGGGCCCUCCGCUGUCAGGCUUCCUAAGGGACGAGACGGGAGAUUUCACCGCCUCCUUCCUCGCCUGCGGCUCUUUUAUCCUCUCCGGCAGCUUCAUCUACAUGGGGCUGCCCGGGGCGCUGCCCUCUUGCCGGCCAGCCUCCAGGCCGGCCACGCCUCCCCCCGAGAGGGGGGAGCUGCUCCCAGCUCCUCAAGUCGCCCUGCUUUCCCCUGGAGGCCCCCAGUCCGCUCUGGACACUGCUUGUUGAGUUCGAGCCCCACCCCCAGCAAAGAAUUUCUAUCCAGUUUCUUGCAAGUUCCAACUGUUAGCCAAUCUGGGAGGAUGAAAACAUUCCUUCUACGUAAGAUAUUCAAGGGGGCCCCGGGGGGGGGGGGCUCCAUCAGUUAAGCCUCUGACUCUUGACGUCACUCAGGUCAUGAUCUCAGGGUCAUGAUCUCAGGGUCCUGAGAUUAAACCCUCAAGUGGGCUCCCUACUGGGCAUGAGGCUUGCUUAAGAUUCUCUCUCUCUCUCUCCCCCUCUUCCACUGUCACUCUUUUUUUCUCUCUCUCAAAAAACAAUAAAAACACAGGGAAGCUCGGAGAA